UAUAUUAUUGCUGUCAAAACAUACAGACGAAAAUAGGACUUCAAAGACUUAAUUAUGGAACUGAUAUAGAAUAUUUUCAAAUGUGAAAAUACACUUAGAAGAUGAACUUAAACGCUAUAUUUUAUGUUGUGACGUUACUGACGUCGUACUGUGGACUGACGUCAGCCGUGUACUUCGAAGAUGGGUACGACCAUCACUACACGUAUUCGUCGGAAUCUGACGUCCUCGGCAUGCACAACAUCACAACCGUGAUCAAGUUCCAUGUACGCUGUGUCAACGGCACGGACGACGGCGGCCGACUGCACCAGCUUUUCGUCGACAGUUUUGUCCAACACUCGGAACAUGGCUAUAUGGCGGAUAACCCGCUGAACUGGCACCUGGACCACAGUUUCUACUUCACGGUUGGGCAGUCUGGUCUGGUGCGGUUCGUCCACUACCAUCCGGAGGAGCUCUACGAGCUACUCUCCCUCAAGAAGGUGCUCGCUUCCACCCUCACCACACAUGUGCAGGUUGGCGAUGGUCCGUCCUGGCAGUAUGAUUCGGAGGAGGAGGACCACGCAGGUACCCUUAAUCACCGGUACGAGGGCACGCGGCUGACGGACGGGGUGAAAUUGGUCAGAAGUCACCAGAGCCUCACUGACGUCCACCGGCUGCAUCAUAAGACAGUCCACAUGGAUACCCGACUGACCCCUCAACACGUAGAGCUCCUUGACAACAUAACGCUCCAGCACGCGCCCAGCAGAGUGACCACACGGACACUUGAAGGAGCAGCAGAGGUUGAAGAAGACAUGUCUGGAGAGUUUCCGAAGAUUUCUUCCAUUUCUAGAAGCAGAGUAAAAUUGAUGGCCAAAAGCAAGCACUACGCGCCACCCACGCUGUACGCUGUUCAUGAGAUGCACCAGGAUUCCAUCAGCGUCAAGCAGAGGCCCCAAGUGAAGAUCCCGUUGAGGGAGGCUGAGAAGGACAUCCAGGGCUAUCUACAAUGUAUUCACGCCAUCGAGAAUAAGUACGACCGGAACCGUACCGAGUGCGUGCACCAACUACGGACACUUGUUCAUUCCCUGGAGCGUGACGACUUCCUGGGACUGGGACAGGACGCGUUGUCCAAGGAAUGCCCGGAGAAUGACACAUUGUGUGCCGACGAGAGGAACCUAUUCAUAGACCUGAUAGCACGAGAGGGGAGUGCGGACGCCCAGUUGCUAGUGCUGGAGCUGGUCAUGAUGAAACCGAACGCCACUGAGGACGACUUGAGGAGGUGUCUAUUCCACUCCAUCGCCAUACAGUCACCUGUACAGGAGCUUGUCCAAUAUGUGGAAGCACUUUGCUUUGAAGACGAACACAUUAUGCCUGGAGACACGCCGACGCUGACGAAGACUCGAAAACGAGCGUGUCUGUCUCUGGGAGCGAUGGCAAAGUCCCUGCACGACAGAAACCUCACCGAGUCUGAUCGCAUCGUGGAGAGAAUCGAGCACUGGUUGGACCACCACAAUGAGAGCAGAUCAAUGGAAAUCGUGAAGCCAAGGCGAAAGCGGUCAAUCAUUCAACACGAUAUACCUGCGAGGAAGCACAUAGAGACUAAGACUAUUCUAAUACAGUCGCUAGGAAACGCCGGAAAGACGCGUUCAUUACGUCACAUCCGGUCCUAUAUGGAACCGAACGGCGGUGUCACGGCGUGGAGAAGGGCUGCCAUUCAUAGUUUAAGGCACUUCACCUGCAAUGAAAGCGCCGAUGCUUUGGUGAAGAGCGUUAUCCACGACAGCGACGAGGUUGUUCGGCAAACUGCGCACACUGUGCUGACCAAACACCCGAAGGCCACCGACAAGAACUUCACUCUGCUACAGGAACCGGAAAUAAUCAGUAAUAACUACACGUACCCGAUCGUGAGUCGAGCCAGGAGAAGCCUGCUUCAGACGUUGGAGCAAGGAAUCCAAGUGACCAUCAAACCUCCAGGCUUCGAGUGGUCCAAAACGCUGGGUACCAGCAACAUCGGAGCCAGCUUCGGGCUCAUCAUUAGAAACAUACUCGACCUUAAACUUUCGUUGUUGAGCGGUCAUUUUAUGGUUGACGUGUAUGAUGGGGCCUGGGCCGAGGCUCACGUGGGAAUGAUCGGCUUCGAGGUGGACAUUGUCAAGGCCUACGUCUGCUUCAAGGGGCAUAUAGGUUACGACCUGAACGUUCUCAAGGAUUUCGGUAUCAACAGCCUAUCGGACUUGGUUCAUAUUUUUGACAAAAUCGUCGCCAAGAUAGUCGAUCCUAUCGUAGAUGCUGUAACAUCGUUCAAGAAGGUCAUCACCAUGUUGAAAGAUGGGAAAAGCUUAAAGACAGUUGUCAAUACCUUGGUCGAUACUGUAAAGCACCUACCAACUACACUCGGCGAUGUUGUUAACAGAAUGAAAGACUUUAUCAAGGAUGUAUUCAGUAUUCAAGUAAGCGGCGAUGCUGUAGUCGACGAAAUAAAGGCCAUCGUGAAAGAGGUCAGGGAUUUCGUUGAUGGAACUGCCCAAGAUGCUCUCAAGUUUUACAACGAUGUCGUAGAUUCUGUAACAAUGGCCCUCCCGUUCAUCGCUAAGAAGAUAACGGACGCAUUCAACUGCAUCGUCGAGGCCAUUGCAAAACUCUUCACCAAUCCGAUGCAAGCCAUCACUAGCAUGUCCACGGCUGUAAUUGAUAUCAAAAUGGCGAUCACAAUGGUGGUAGAUGUAAAAAAUAAGAUUGUGGAUGCCUGUAAAUUUAUUAAAGGAAGGGUCACUGAGUGGAUAUCUAUGAUAAAAAGAAUCCCAUCGAUUCUGAAUCGCAUGAAGGAAGUUUUUAGGAAACUAGCAAAUUCCAUCAAAAACAGUGGAAAGGCAAUCGGGAAAGAAACCAAAUCACUUGUUAGUGACGGAGUCAAUCAAGUGAAAGGAGGAUUAAAUGACCUUCAAAAAGACCUCGAGGCUAAAUGGAAUCACGUCAUUGAGCCUUUUCAACCACUGAUACAUUUUGUGUCAAACUUCGUAGACCUGUUCAAAUCCAUCAUGGACGCAAUACAGGGCAUUAAAUGGGGAUACAAGAAGAUAAAGGAGACUAUCGAGACUAGCAAAUCCCUUGUGCAGAAGGUGUUCGGGCCGAAGUUUCACCGCGACUUCCCAACAGCCCGUCGUGGUAAGUUUGACGACUGUCCUGAUGGUGUCUGGCCAACCACAGCUAAUGGCGCCUACGACACUACCGGAGUUGACCUCAAACUUGGCGUGGGACAAUCGAUACAAAUGCCAGUCAACGGAAUCUUGAAAAUAUUCAAAGACGAAAGGAAAGUUGUAGUUCAACCAAAAGACCCUGAAUUCAUUGCUUUGGAAAUUGUGAUCGAGAACAUUGACGCUGAUCAAUCUAAGGACGGUAAAAGUGUUGAUGCGGGUGAAAAGAUCGGUAAAGCGACAACAGCUCGCUCUUGCAAACCGCGAAAAUUAGAUAUCAUAGUCAAGGAAGCAGCAGAUCAAUCGCAGGACGGAAACCAGGCGAAUACAGAUAAACUGCUUGAGAUUACCAUAGGCGAAGCUAAAAUUCCGAAACAAAGCGACUGGCUCUCAACCAAAGCGUCCCGGGGGAAGAACUAUAUCCACGUGUCAGUUCGUCCGUCGCAGGGUGAGGAGAUACUUCCGGACGCUGAUUACGACUACACUGAUCCUUCUCCGUUCUUAGACAGGCUCGUCCCUAUUCCGAAAUGGAUUCAGGAUUGCAAUGACCAUGAGUUUAGGUAUAUUGGGCAGACGUUUGAGUCGGGUGAGUCGGCGGAGGGCGAGGACCCCGAUUCCAAGGAAGAUCCAAUUGACAGAGGCCGGGAACCGGACGCGGACGCACUUGAUGACAUGCUAGGAGACGAAGAUACGAGUUACAGACCUGAUGACCCGGAUCUCUAUGACCCUUCUUCCUUUGGUGAUAGUUUAAAGGAGAGUCUGAAGGAACAGGCCAAACAAUUUGCGGAGUUUUUUAAAACGGCACUGUUUGGAAAAAAUGGCCCUGAAGUACCAAACAUCCUUGAGAUCGUUGAUGUUAACGGUAAGACGGUUGAUUGGAUUAUAAACAAGUUAAGUAAUACGUCAGAAAUUGGUAUUAAGUUUAACGGCAUUGUGCACAAACUGGCGUGUGCAAAACGGUCUGAACCGUUCGGGGCAGCUUUAACGAUGACACCAAACACCGUGCUCACGUUCCUUAAGAACAAUCAUGCAAACUUUGAGUUCGGAGGGCUAGAUUUUGGCUCAAUAGAAACGGGGGAAACAGGGACGCAUGGUCAUACUUUGAAAUUCGGGGAUCCAGGCCAAAUGACGCUUACUAUGGCAUCUUUACCAGAGAAAAUUUGUCCUGCAUUCAAAGAUAAAAUUGCCAAAGGAUUCGGGCACAUAUGUUUUGUCCAUGACGACUGUUUGGGUUUAAGCUGUAAUGUUCCAUUCUUUUAUGGUGCAAAAACAACAACAAUACAUGCAUCAGUUGCGCUGAAGCCUUUAGACAUGGCAAUCGUGGUAGAAAUAAUGGACAACACUCAUAUACUUCAACCAGAUGGUACGGACGUCAACAUAGACCUUCAUAGUAAGCUGUUUGGAAUGAAUCUCUUCUUUGUGGGAAAUGUGCGGUUAAAUGAAGGCACGGUUCACCUCACAGCCGAAUUCAAACUUUGUGCUGACCUCUUUGCGGUAUGUCUUCCGCCGAUUGAACUGUUUCAUGACAUACCAUUUAUCCCAAAUGGCAACAGACGUAAACGAGAAACUGGAGGUUGUCCGGAUUUUGAGAUGUGGCGCCUUCCGGUGCCAAUGUUUAUGAUGCAGCUGAGCGAAUUCGGCCUGAUGACCAAGGAGGUGACACAGACAUUGGAACAAGUCAGACAGACAGUCCUAAAUGAGCUGAUGAAUGAUGUAAGGGCCAAGCUUGCCGAUGCAGCUACAGAGUUUGCAAGUAAAAUAGACUUCUGUGUGAGCGCGAACAUUCCUGUUCCACCGUUUGACAUCGUGUUUUUCAACCUCAGACAGCAUUUCAUGGUUGGACCCGUCCCACUUUCGCUUGGGUUCGGGGCAGGUGGUGCUGUUGGUCUCGGGGUGAAGGUCGGACUGUGUGUGGUCAGCAUGACAACACAGCUAACCCUGACGCCCUGGGUGGGAGGAAAAGUGUGGGGUGACGCAGCUAUUGACAUUGGGUUUGCUCGCGGUGGUAUCCGCCUAAUCGGCUACCUGAUGGAGACAAAGUUUCCAAUACUAACAGAGCUGGUUUUCUCCAAGUACCCUCUGGAUGUAGGGGCGAGAAUGGAUUUAAUCUUGAAGCCAUUGCGUCUUGAACUAAGGGCAUUUGCAGAAAUCUUCCUGAUAUUUAAGAGGGUGACAGUGUUUGAGGGAACGCUUUGGAAAUACUCAGUUCCUACUAUCACCAAGAAUAUUUUCGACAAAAAGAAACGCGACGACGACCCGUCUCCUCCUGAUAUUCAGCCUUUAACCAUUAAUGAACGCAGGAGACGUUCCGGUUCAGAAGGUUGUCUGGUACAGCAGAUUUACAACCGCCCGUAUUACGAUCCGGCAUUUAAAUUAGAAAUGUACGCUCAGGACGAAGUCAGUGAAACGAAACUGUUUUACGCAAUUGGUACACACAAAGGAGGCACAGACGUGCAAGACUGGACUGAUAUGGGAGGUAACUCUUUAAUGGUUCCAGCAAAGAUUCCGGGAGGUAUUCCAAUAUAUUGGUCGGUGAAAGCUAAGAAUAGCCAAGGCCUUGAGGCUAUUGUACAAUGUUCGUUAAACACCUAUGACAGCACAAUAACCGACGGGAGAGUAGAACAUUCAUACAUGUUUUCAUCCCAUCCUUCAAAGAUGGUCGCUUCAGUUGUUGCUUUUGAUGACAGUCCGCUCAAGGAAAUUCAUUAUAAAGCAGUCGGAUAUAGCCCAGGAAAGUAUGGUUCCCAGUUUGUGGGAUGGGAAGAAGUACGUCUGGACCAUUCAUCACCGAGACAAGGCGUGUCAGGUCAGCUGCAACAUUUUACUCACCCAAGGGAAGGAAAGCUUGUCGCUUACAUUUUGCAAACCACGAAGGUCCGGACACCAGAACUUUGCGCCCUAGCUUGCAUAUCGUACGGAUACAACUGUGUUUCAUUUGAUUACGAAUACCAUUCGGAAACCUGCGACUUGCACGACAUCGUCGAAGGGGCUAAUGCAUAUUUAAGAAUCAGCGGAACAUACAGCAACUAUGAGCGCCUUGGUAUUGGUUAUCACGUAACGCUAGAGUAUGAUAACCUGCCGUUAUCACACGGUGCGCAGUACUUUGUUAAUGUUCAGGUCAACAACGUUCUAGGCUACCAAGCUUUCCUUCUUGGCGAGGGAACCCUCGUAGAUUUUACUCCACCAGAACCAGGCCCGAUAAUGAAUAACAAGACGGACUACUUAAAAGCUGAUAGGUGCAAUGCCUCUGUAACCCAGCGCUGCAACGAAGUCACAUGGAAAGCAAAUCACAGAACUAUCGUUGACGGUCCGGGAUCGGGAACUGUGUUUAACGGACAUGAACCACUAAAAGACGGUCUCUAUACGCUUACCAAUCACUACGUCGCAGCAAACUGGAAGGGAUUUCACGAUGAUGAAAGUGGUAUUUGGGGGUAUACAUGGGCAGUUGGAAAAAACGUUUGCAGUUCUGAUGUAAUCAAGUUUGAGAACCCAUAUGCGCAUCUGACGGACAAGAAAUUCUGGACCGAUUCAGCAUUUCACAAGGACAUUCACCUUCCCGAUGGCCCGUACUAUGUCACUGUCCAAGCCCUUAACGGCGCAGACUUGGGUGGGUCAUUAGUAACAACAGUUUGCCAUUCGACUCCGUUCAUCGUCGACACUACACCGCCAGUGUUCCAUAAGGUGACAGACAUUAUAUAUGAUGAAGACUUUGAUUUGAUUGCAAUAUAUUACAAUGCCACUGAUGAACUUAGUAAAAUUGCACACGCCGAGUUCGGCCUUGGGAAAACGAAGUAUGACGUUCAACUGAAGCCGUAUGGUCUACAUGCACCUAUGGAACGAGAGGACCCAUUUGUAGCAGUGGAGGAUUUAGGGCUACAGGAGGGUGUCCCAGCAUGGAUCAGGAUUAGGGUUACAAACAAUGUCGAACUAUUCACUGCGGGCCACGGUGAAGAACCCAUUUUGAUUGACAAGUCACCGCCAAUACCUGGAAAUGUUAUGGAUGGAGACCGUUUGCGAAAAGACAGACAGUUUCAGGCAGAUAACCACAACAUUUGUGCACAGUGGAUUGAUUUUUACGAUCCAGAGUCGGGCAUUGAUAGGUUUUUGUGGGGUGUGGGAACAUCUCCACAGAAAGAUGAUAUUGUGGCGUUCCACAAUCUCACACGCUACGACAAAUCCAGCUGUUCGCCUGCCAACCUUCAACACAAGCACAUCUAUUACUCCACAGUGUUAGCUUACAACAAUGCUCUUAAUUCAAAAGCAUCGAACAGCUCUUCAGAUGGAGUGCUCGUUGAUACAACGCCGCCGCUAGCAGGGAGUGUUGCAGAUGGGAAAAGAGGUCACCCGGCGCAAAAGUACAGUUCAGAAACGGUGUCAAAAUUUGCAAACUGGCAUGGUUUUCAUGAUCCAGAGAGCGGAAUACAAAACUAUAGAGUAGACGUAUUCAUAAACAAUGAACACAAACAGUCAUUUGAGACAGGAACUGAAGACCAAUUUGAAGACCAUACUAUUUCAAUGGAACACAGAGACAAUGUUAAUUUCAAAGUUCAUGGAGUAAACGGCGCUGACCUGGAGGUAGAUGCAGACAGUAAUGGUUUCCAGGUUGAUCUUACCCCUCCCAUCAUGACGGAAAUCUCAGAUAACGACAAUGGCCAAAGUUACCAAAGUGACAACACGUACCUCAGUCUGAAAUGGAACUUCCAAGACGAGGAAUCUGGUAUUUCUCUCUACAGGGUUACUAUAUAUGAGAGUAUAUUUGGCAAUAAACAAAAAAACUGGCCGCAAACGGAACAAUAUAAUGAAACAAAACCAGUAUCUCCUUAUAAUGGACGAAUUCAUAUAGUGCUAGAUAAUCUUUCGUUAAAAGAUGGGCACAAGUAUUCAUUGCAUGUCUCUGCUCUAAAUGGUGCGAAAUUGUCAACAUCACAUGAAACACAAGGUUGUACAAUUGAUACAACUCCACCCGACCUUCCAAAUGUCCAUAUAGGUUUACCAAAAGAUGACGAAGAACUUGAUGACAACGGAAACGUUGUUCACAAUGACCAGAACGGGAUACGUGUAAGCUGGAGCGGCCGUGAUGCACAAAGCGGUAUUGAAACGUACCGUGUUGCCGUAGGGACAGAAGCAUCUCCAGAAUCCAUCCUACCAUAUACUGAUUUUGGAAAAGAGACUAUUGCAUAUAUCAACAACAUAUUCUUUAAUCCAUCGGAAGGGAAUGGUACAUCAACUACCUACAAAGUUUCUGUUAUGGCUACAAAUGGGGCUGGCUUGACAUCUUUAGCAGGUGAGUCAAGACCCAUAUUCGUGCACAAAGCAAAUGUGCCUGGUAUUGUCUUUGAUGGAAGAAACCUUUACGAAGAUGAGGCGUUCACAAUUGACCACACGUCCAUUGCCGCGUCUUUCUAUGGCUUUGAAAGUGAUUCAUGCGAUAUAAUCGGUUAUGAUUGGGCGAUAGGAACGACAGAGUUUGGAACGGACGUGCUGUCAUACACCGAUUUUGGCUUAGUUAUGAAUAAUAAAAGCCACGGACAAUGCCAGAUCCAUACCGAAUUGUUCGAAGACGUCACGUAUUACAUUUCUAUCCGCGCAGUUUUAGGAUGUCACGAAGAGUACAUUGUUUCAUGUUCGGACGGUAUUACAUUAGAUCGCAUUGCUCCAGCUGUAACAUUUGAAAUUGAUACUGAAGCAAGGAUUACAACCAUCAAUAACGUGAUAUAUCAAUCAACGACGGACUCCCUUGGCAUUACCGGUAACUCAACAGAUAGAAACGGUGUAUCUUUAGUCGAAUGGAGUCUUGGAACACUUCCUGCCCUUGAUGACAAACAUCCAUUUACUGGAGAUUUGUCAGCACUGACAAGUGUUGCAGCUCUCAUUCCCGGCGAAGCAGUGUUCUUAACGGCGCAUGCUGUUGAUAAAGCAGGGAAUCAGAAUGUUACAUCGUCAAUGGCAUUAAUUGCCGAUAUAACAUCUCCAAUUAUUAAGGAAUUUGACUGCACCAAUUACAUCUCCGCCCGCAAAAGCUUGGUUACUUGCAGCUGGCUUACAGUGAUUGAGGAGGAAAGUUUGAUAAGCGACAUAAAGAUAUCAAUGGGUUCAAACAGCACAAACUUUGACAUACUGGACAAGUACGUAAUUCACAGAAGCACUUACAGCUUUACACGAGAUCUGUUUGAUCACAUUAACCACAUGCCAAAUAUGACAACUGUUUAUAUUUUGGCCACCGUCAGCAACGUUGUUGGACUGUCAAAAUCUUACGGCUGGGAGGUGAUUGUUGAUUUAACACCACCGACAGUGGAGAGCCUAGACGUGGUAACAAGCACGAUUCCAGGUGUCAUCAAUGUUGAUCACCAGCAAUGUCAGCUACCCAGGGGAUAUAUUGAAGUUAAACUUAACGACUUAGCAGACAAAGAAACAGAAAUCGACGAAAACAGAUAUGAACUUGCUAUUGGAAGUUCAGUGUAUGGAUCGGAUUAUCUGGCAUACACGGCGGUUAAACAAUCUACUGAAGGAAUUUUCUUCAUGGACGGUUUCAUUUUGCCAUCUGAUGUGACUUUCUACGCAACAAUGCGAAUAUACAACAAAGCAGGUCUGAAAACGGAGGUUUCGUCCCAGAGUGUCGUUGUAAGUCAAACACCUUACCUGACUGUCAAGGAUGGUGAUCAAGACGAGGAUAUUGAUUACCAAUCAGUACCGAAUUUAAUACAAGGCACUUGGAAAUAUACAGACGCCUGUCCAAUUACCGAAGCAAAGUGGUCCGUAGAAGACCUAGCCGGCAGGGUCUUGUUCGACUUUAUUCCAAUACCGAAUGCUGGUCAAGUUUUCUUUAACGAUGAGGUUCAAUUAGAAAACGGCAUGAAGUAUAUCGUUACUGUCCAUACAAUAGAUGCACUGGGCAGGAAAAAAGUGGCUCGGUCUGAUGGAGUUUCUAUUCGAAUUCAACCUCCACUUCCGGGAUCCGUCCGAGAUGGAUUGGAUUUAGAUCUAAAUUAUCAGUUUAGUACAACUGAACUUUCGGCAAAUUGGGACAAUUUUGGUGAUGGGUCGAACGAUCCGACUCAAACCAUAACUCGAUACAAAGUAGCCGUAGGAAAUGACAGGCGAUAUUCAAAGACUCGUUCAAAUGUUCAUUACUUUGUAAAUGUUGGUUUGAAUACUUCUUUUACGUUUACAAGCCUCAACUUGACGUCAAAACUUGUUCGCUAUUACAUCACAGUUCGUGGAUACAGUCAAGCUGGUGGAUUUAUAGAAGGGUACAGUAAUGGAAUACGUGUUGGGUUUGACGAUGAUAUUCGACCAGGAAGUAUUUCAGUAGACAAAUACCAAGCUUCUACAAAUAAAAUGUCAGUUUCUUAUAAUGGAUUUCAGUCUGAUAUUGCAAUAAUUGAUUACAAGGUUGCAAUAAGCAGUCAUAAUGAGAUAAUUGCAAACGAUACAGUAAAAUGCGUUGAUAUAACGAAGAAUUUAUCCGUGUACGAUGUCAGCAAUUUACAAAGUUAUGGCUUGAACGAAUAUGUGGAAAUUGAUGGACUGCAAUUAUUACAUGGCGGCCUGUACUAUGUAACAGUCGUAGCUGAGGACGAAGCAGGAAUGUGCAUUGCAGUCACAGGCGAUCCUAUCCAAAUUGAUACGACUCCGCCACAGAAAGGACAGUUACUGAUUAAUGGUAUUGCUCCUACAACUGUUGUCUACCUUAGACUCCACUCUGAAAUGCAUGUCGAAUGGGAUGGAUUUUCGGAUAGUGAUUCAGGAAUUCGAUCUACUCAUGUAAAAUUAUAUGAAUGUGAAACAUGCCUUAAUACAACACUUACAAGUGAAUUAUGUUACCUGAUAGAUGAAAGUUUCGUUGCGGACGACACAAAAACAGCCUUUUAUGAGCUUGACUUAAAUUCUGGAAAGGCAUAUUACAUUGGUUUAGAAGUCACAAAUGGAGCUAAUUUGAAAACAACCUCUCAGAGUUCAGUCGUACUGGUUGAUGAAUUCCCACCACUAUCGGGCCAAAUUAAGAUAACAAAGGACUGGAAAGGCGUGACAACAUUCCAACAUUCAACUUCAUCGUUAUCAGGUUUUGUCCCUAUUGCUAUGACUGAGGAAGAUUAUCAGUGUCCAAAUCAGUUAAGGUACUUUCCCAUGCAUGGAUCAGAUAGAAUGACUAAUAUACUCGAUGAAUUUAGCGAGGACUUUUUAGUAAUCAAUGCCACCGGGGCAUACAUGGGGAUUGGCUACAAUUCAGAUCUCUCAAAAAUGACGAGAACUGGUAUUUUAUCAGAAAAGAUGCCUUUGCAAAAUGGGAAUUAUACAAUAAGUAUCGGGGCUGCUACCGGAAAUAAGAUUAUAACGACAGUUGCUGUAAUAACGGAUCCAGUUGCAAUUUUGUAUGAGGUAUCAGACAAACCUGCCGAAGUCUUUUUUGACUUAAAUGCAUUCGACAACAUAACUGGACUUGAAGCAGAUAAUUUCACUGACUUUGGAAAUUUAAGUGCAGCUGCAACAUCAACGACUCCAAUCCCGGGAACGUUUAAGCCGAAUAAUGAAACUGGACAAGGCACGGCUGAUUUUGAGGCAGAAGAAUAUGGCUUUGGGAUUCACAUUCUUGGAUACAAGAUUGGCAAUAAUGAAUAUUAUCACCAUGUCUUUUGGGCUAAAAGCAAAUUCAAAACAGCCAGUAGAUGGUUUCAAACGACCACAUAUCCAGAUCAAAUUAACGAGUAUAUAGUAAACGUCAGGAAAAGUUCUGAAUUUCAAACCGAAACUGUAGAUCUGUUAUUGAUUGUUGACGGCGACGAAAAGGUAAGCCUGUCCGGUUUCAGCUUUUAUGGAGAUGUAAACCUGGCCGCGGUCACUUGGAAUGAAGACAAUUACAUGCCGCCACUAGAUAUCUACCAGCCAUUUUAUUCCGACGCAGUUUUACGAGCAAUAGAUGUACCAGAUGAUCGGGACAAGCUGUGCCGCCAUGGACGAGCAUUUUAUGACGGAGAAAGCGGGAUAAAAGAAUUGUGGAUUGGUGUUUCUGAUAAUAUCAAGGAGAUGGGCAAUAUUCUUCCUCUGUCUUUGUUUAAGAAAUUCUGCUUUCCUUGCAUUAAACCAUGUGAUCAUCUCUGCCGUGAACCAUGUACAGAUGAAAAACUUUCGGAUGGUUUUAAUCUUGUUCCAAUUGAACUGAACGGGCUAAACAUGGACAAAGUCAAUAUAAAUUCUACGUGUGACAAUAUUACAAGUGAAGUUUCCUGCAACAGUACAUCUUAUUACAUAAACGCAAAGCUUGUCAACUUUGCAGGAGAAGAAACUACUGCAGUUUCAAAUGCCAUACAAAUUGAUACAACGCCACCAAAAUGCUACUAUGUUAAAUGUACUGAUCCGGAAUACAAUGUUGACCAACCAACAGAAUAUUUAGGUUCAAACUCAACAAUUGGGGCUUAUUGGAAUUGUACAGAAAUGGAAAGUCUGAUUGUUCGAUAUAAGGUUGAGGUUGUAGACAUAACAAAUGGCAACAUUGUAAUGAAUACCACAGAUAUCGGGCUAAAAACCAGAGUACGCUUAAAUCUUGCAAAUGGUACGUUUGAAGAUGGAAACGACUAUGCGGUCAGAUUGACUGUAUUAAACAGUGCUGGGCUAACGUUGAUGUCCACGUGCAAAGUCCAUGUGAAUCUUUAUCCACCAGACGUAUCUGCAGUUGAUUCGGAACCUUUAUACACGGACGGAACCACGCCAUCGAUGAAUAUGCCUUAUUGGACUGAUUCCCAAACCCAGAUCGGUAUGCACUGGUCUGGAGGGACACCCGAUACAGAGUUUUAUGAAUGGCAGGUAGGGACAAGCCCGGAUGGAUCAGAUUUGUUCCCCUCUUCCAAAGUAAGCAUUAACUCUACUGGCUCCGCAGCCAUUGUACAUGGCAAAGUACAUUACAACAGCAAGUACAUCAACAAAACUGUGUCUGAAUAUCGCAACAUGACAAAUAAGACGUUGGAACAAAUUCAAAACCUUACUUCUGCCAGUGAACAGGAGAAGUCGUUCUUUAACAUGGAGCCAGGCAGAUGUUAUUAUCAGUCUCUAUACGCGCGGGGAUAUUCACACCUUACUAGUAAAAUCAAGGAGAGGAAUGUUUGCGUGAAAAGAUCUGGUGAUGCAUAUUUGGAUGGAACUAAUGGCAAAUCGGUUAUUAGGGCGUACAAGAUGAAGUCUUCUUCAGCUUGGGUCACAUCAGACCCUACAGUAACCCCCGAUAUAAUUGUUGACGCACAAAUAUCUGGAGGCGGCUUGACAGUAGGGACAAUCACGCAGUCGGACCAGGAGGACGUCUACGGCAGCGCGGCCACUAUGGAUUACAAGCCGUACAUAUCCAACAUACAAACCACACUGGAACAAACAUCGAGACUCUUGCGAAACAGAAUACAGCGUCUUUGCAACGUGACGUUCUUCCUGACGCCGUCGCCGGUUGUCGAGGUUACAGAUAUCGCUAUCAACAUGACAUUGCCAGUGGGAUGUGAGAAGGACUCGACAUACCAGCCUGCGCUUAUAUAUUGGGACAAAGAUGAAGAACAAUGGGUUCAUAUCGACGAAGGCUGCAAUGAGUACUUGUCUGCAAUCGUCCACUCGUCAAGAUAUAAUUCAACGAUAUGUGGCUCGACGAGAAAUAAUUCUUCUGUUCGAAAACGUCGUGAGACAUCAUUCGAAAUCAAUUCUCCAAGACAAUAUAAUCUUGUAAGAAUAGCCAAAACGUACCAAAACUCACCACCGAAAAUUGUCACGGAAAACGUCUAUUUUACUGAAGACAUAACGGGAGAAUUUGACAUUGAAACAUCUGAUGCAGAAAAAGACGUUCUCAGCUACAGAAUUGUGGACAAGCCAAGCAAUCUUGACUGUAAUAUAACUUCAACAGGAAAACUAAAAUGCAUUCCUGAACCAGACUUUUAUGGCGAGGAUACAAUUACGGUUGAAGUCACUGAAACGGGGCUUCCAUCUUUUGAAGAUCCUAACUCAGAGAAAAAGAAAUUAAGAAUUGACAUACAGGAUGUUCCAGACAAAACUGAACGUUUCUUUUUAGACUUGAAUGAAACUUGGCAUGAUGAAAAACGACCAUCCAUGAAACAUACAGUCAUAACAAAUGCAAACAGGUCUUCUUCACUUUUUGUUGGAAAGAUCAUUCUCGCUGACGUAGAUGGCGGGGAAAAGUUUACAAACAUUCCACGAUUUACAUCUCUUGGAAAUUCCACAUUUUCACUGAACGCCAGUGAUCUAGAAUCAAUUCCAUUCGAAAACUACACUACCAAACAUUUUCGGUCAAAGGCAGCCUACGAUGUUGAUUUUGAAUUCAGUCCCCUCCUUCAAGGAAAAAUGGUCCUAGAUUUUAUAGCCCAGACAGAGGACUCCAGUUAUACCCCCGGGGUAACGAUCACUGUGUUUGUCUUGGAGAAUCCUUGUAUCCAUGGUUACUGUAACCACCCAACACUGGGUGAGGAGGCGUGUAAUGACACAGCCCGCUCUGAUUCGUUUGUUGGGUAUGAGUGCGUGUGUUAUCCAGGUUACAAAGGUGAGUGGUGCCAGACGGAGAUCGACGAGUGUGCACAUGAGCCCUGCUCCACCCUGUACGAUUGCGAGGACCUGGUCAAUGAUUACGAAUGUAACAUCAACAUACCCAAGCUGAUGGCGGUCAUCAUUUGUCCUCUCCUUUUCCUGAUACUGGUCGUGUACCUACUGAGGAGGCUUAUGAUUAAGAUCAGAUACAUGAAGAUGUCCAGGAGCAGAGUUGGACUGAUGGAUGAAGGUACCCAGAAAAUAUAUGAAGCUGGGGAGCGACCGCGAACCGCUGCUUCUAUUUUCCUGCAAAACACUGAGGCUACAGACGUGGUGGCAAACACUAAGUGGCAUAAUAACAGAGCUUUUGAAGAGAUGGACGAAAACACAGCCAAUCCGCUCUUUGGUCCAGGCAUAGCAAUGCCUCCGCAUCAUCGCAAGUUCAAUGAUGAAGACGAAUCCCCAGACCAUGCUAUAUUCGCCAGAGCUUUUGCACAACCUGAGUCAAAACCGAGCAAGUUCUCCGCGGAUGAGUUAAACGAAUCAUCUGGAGAGCGGCUAAAAUCAUUCAAGCCUAUGAAAGAGGACGCACCAAGGAAAAGGUUCGCGGUUGAAAAACUCAUCGAAAACGAGCCAUCUGGUCCGGCGAUCGAAGAAAUGUCAGCAGUGGCUGCAAAACCAGUGAAACGCCUUCCGCCGCUGAAGACGAAUGGUAAAUCACCGAUACCUAAAGCUACGCUAAAGCCGCUAAGUCACGACGCUUUCGGUGAAAUGGUGGAGAAGCUAAAGAAGGAGUCCACCAUGACAGACAUUAAUGUUUAAAUUAUUUUAUUCCUUCCAUUUGUUUUAUAAGCUUGUUUUAUGUAUCUUAUAACUUUUGUUUUUCAUUUAAGAAUCACUUAAGUAUAUGUAAGAUUUAAAAAACUUUGAAACAAAAAUAUUUUUAUCCUGAAGAAAUAUCUAUGCUAGAAUAGCUCAAUUCUUUUUUCUGUUCCGUUAGAGAUGUUUUCUGUUAGUAUGCAAACUGGGUCUAAGCUAUAAAAUAAACCUUUCAUUUCC